CCCUCGGACCCCGCUUCCAAUAGGAAGCCGGCGGGGUUGGGCCGCACGGGCAUCCUCUCCAGCUGAGGCCACGGCCGGAGCCUGGCUGGGGCGCGGGAGAGGCAGGUACCAGCGCGGUCUGCGCAGCCCCAGGCGCUAGAGCUGCGCUCUACGGUGGAAGAACGGUUCCCGGGGGAGCCAGGGACCAAGGCGUCGGAGCGGGCGGAAAUUGCGCCUGACCGGGCACGGUCCGAAGUCCGCGCUAUGGGAGAAGAGAAAUACUUGCCUGAGCUGAUGGCAGAGAAGGAUAGCCUGGAUCCAUCUUUUGUGCACGCGUCGCGCCUUCUGGCGGAAGAAAUUGAGAAAUUUCAAGGUUCAGAUGGGAAAAAGGAAGAUGAAGAAAAGAAAUAUCUCGAUGUCAUCAGCAACAAAAACAUAAAGCUCUCUGAAAGAGUAUUGAUUCCUGUGAAACAGUAUCCAAAGUUCAAUUUUGUGGGGAAAUUGCUUGGACCAAGAGGAAACUCCUUGAAGAGGCUACAAGAAGAAACGGGUGCUAAAAUGUCUAUCCUGGGCAAAGGGUCCAUGCGAGAUAAGACAAAGGAAGAAGAGCUGAGGAAGAGUGGGGAGGCCAAGUAUGCCCACCUGAGUGAUGAGCUGCAUGUAUUAAUUGAAGUGUUUGCUCCACCCGGGGAAGCUUAUUCACGGAUGAGUCAUGCCUUGGAAGAGAUUAAAAAAUUCCUGGUUCCUGACUACAAUGAUGAAAUUCGUCAAGAGCAACUCCGGGAGUUGUCUUACUUGAAUGGCUCAGAAGAGUCUGGCCGGGGCCGAGGUAUUAGAGGCAGAGGGAUCAGAAUAACUCCCACAGCUCCAUCAAGGGGCCGUGGCGGUGCUGUUCCACCACCACCACCACCUGGACGAGGUGUGCUUACCCCUCGGGGGACCACUGUGACCCGUGGAGCUCUUCCAGUGCCCCCAAUAGCAAGAGGUGUCCCCACACCUCGAGCCCGGGGGACGGCAGCAGUACCAGGAUACAGAGCACCCCCACCUCCAGCUCAUGAUGCUUAUGAAGAAUAUAACACUAAUGGCAUUUACAGCAGAAGUUAGGCCAUGGAUGCACAUGUGGAUGCUCCGAAAGAAGCUUUCAUGGAUCUCAGUGGCAUGCAUGUGAUAAAGAGUAUCUUGUGUGUGAAGAAUCAAACUCUGCUGAAAUGUACCUGUCCUUAAAAAGUUCGAUCAGCUUCAAAUUGGAAAUAAUUACAAAUUAUUAUAAGCAAGAUAUGAGUCCUUAUAUGAUCAGAGAAUUCACUUGGAACCUAGUAAACAUGAGCUGGGAAAGCUGAUAAACAAAGGUGCGAAACAUGCAGCUAUUCUCCCAUUGCCAUGACUUCCUUUUUCAUUCACCAUUUGGAAGGUAUGCAAUUGGCAUCCAGAACUGAAAUGUAUUUUUAAGUACCCUCCUCCAUCCCACUCUGUAUCCAGGAUUUUCUCCUGGGGUCAGGGAGGAGGCAGAACCCAGUAGUGUCCACUCCACCAACUAAAAAAGUCCCAAUGACAACAAAAGCUCCAUUGCACUAGAGUUCCUCCUGAGGCACACAUUACUAUUUUGGGUUCACUUAUAGCUCCCAUGAUGAGGAGUUACUGUCAGGAGCAUGGGUAACCCAAAAGCAGCCACACUGUGAAGUCUUCAUCCAGCCUGGAUGAUGGUUUUCUUGUAGCUGUAUAAGUAGGAUCCCCUCCUCCAAGUCCUCCCCAGGCUGUGUAAUCAAACCUGUCCUUCAAGGCCACAGGUAACUCUGGCAGAAGUGCAUAUAAUUGGCUUCAAGGGUUACUAGAUAUUCAGGUGAGCUUCCAAGGACUCUUGUUCUCCUUCCUUCUAUGAGAGAAUAUCACCAUUUAACAAGCCCAGCUGGGUUGUCAUUUACAAACAGACACAACUGGUAUCAUGAAUGUAGCAGUUAUUCAUUAGAAUGAGGAGGGUGGGAGGGGCAGAGAACCUGGGUGGGAAUGGAGAGGCUCAGAUCUCAGUUCAUUCUCAGAACCUGCUGACUGAAGGAGUUCAGCCCUCAGGAGUCAUGGCCUUACUGCAGAAGAUAGGUGUGCACUCGGACAAUGAAUAUUCCUAAACAUUUAUAGGCAUCUGUAAGUGUUGUAAUGUAUUGAAAAACUAUAGGACUGUAGGUAUUGAAUAAAAGUGAACUGCCACAUAAAAUGACAAUCUGUUUUUCUUGAUACCUUUCAACUAUGGACGUAUUUGAUCUAUAGAUGUUUAUCUUUUUGUGAAUUAACCAGGCAUGAUGGAUUUCAAAUAGCCAAUAACCAUUUGACUUUAUGUUACUAAAAUAUAAAUUUGGCAUCAUGGGAAUGUUCUGUGUGGAAGUUCACAAAUCUAAAUAACCACUGGACAUUAGAUCUUGGGAAUACUUGUACCCAGGAGCUACACACACACAUACACACACACACACACACAUAUAUAUAUUUGGGGUUUCUUACAUAUCUUGACUUUAAAUAUUUUUAAGCUUCUUUUUUGUUAAACUUCCCAGAGUGGAAUACAUCCAGGAUUUACAGAUCCAUCAUUCUAACUGAGAUAAAUUAGGAAAAUUAAAAAUUGUAUUUUAGCAAAAACUCAUAUAGAAUAGAAUAGUAAUGUCAUCUGAUCUACCAGAGGCUAAUUCAUUGGAAGAAGUGAAAUGAAACUUUUGAACAUACAUCUGGCUCCAGUCACAGUAUAUUAAGUCACACAGGCUGAUGCAGAUAUCACAAAUGAGUUAUUAAUUUCACUAUAUUACAGGAGAAGGAAAGAGAAGCUUAGAGUUGGUUAUUUCCAGUCUCCAGAGGCUCUGCUAUGAUUGCAACACUCGUCUUUUUCUCAGUAAAGAGCACAACAUAAUCCUACAUAGUAUAAGCUCAGAGAGAAUAUACACAUACACAGACUGCCUGCACUUCAUCUUCAGCCAGGCGUAACUGAAUGUCCCAGUCAAUAUUUAGCACAUCUUCCCUGUCCCUUCAUGAAUUCCUCCAACCCCAGAGAACUAGCUGGAAACCCCCAGAAAACAAGUGCUAAAAAUAUGCCUCCCAGAGUGUUUGGAAAGACUGUCAGAAAAUUGUACCAUUCUGGGAGAGACCAUGUUGCUCCAAUAUCAACCAUCCUCUAUGGGUUUGCUAUGUAGGGUUCUCUUCUUACUCCCUCAAUUAUUAGAAGUUGUUAUACCUUAUUUUUACUCAGUUGCAAAACUUUACAAAUUCCAAAGGCAGAACAUAUUUCUUAAAUUUGUCUUUAAUUAAAGAUAAACUGCUCAAUAGCAACAAUGGCAUUAACCUACUUAUUAUAUUUUUAGAAAAAUUAUAAAUAUAUAUGUUUUAAAGCACAUAUGUAAACUUUGUUAAUAUUAAAGUAAUAGGAAUACAGAAUAGCAUGAAAUGCCUGUUUAAUUAACACUGCCCUUGUUCGAGUAAAAGGCAUUGCCAUUGAUAGCUGAAUGUUUGACAUUGUUUUUAAGGUGGGGAUAAUGGGCAAACCUUUGAGAAGCAGAGGGAAGAGAAUCACCAUGAAUAGGGAAGGUGAAGGAAGAUCAGGAAAAAGAUCUGAAUGGCAUCUGUCUCUACAAGACAAAGAGAAUCCAAGAAAACAAGUUAUUGAGACAGCCCAUUAGACAAUGCAGUGGAAAUGGGACAGGAGAGUGGAAACAGAGGCAGGUUUUGUAACUUCCUACCUGUGAUAGAAAGAGAGAAAGGAAGAAAGGAAGGAAGGAAGAAAGAAAGAGAGAGAGAGAACAAAAGAAAGAACAAAAGAAAGAACAAAAGAAAGAAAGAAAGAAAGAAAGAAAGAAAGAAAGAAAGAAAGAAAGAAAGAAAGAAAGAAAGAAAGAGAGACAGAAAGAGAAAGUAGGGAGGGAGGGAGGGAGGGAGGGAGGAAGGAAGGAAGGAAGGAAGGAAGGAAGGAAGGAAGGAAGGAAGGAAGGAAGACAUUUUUAAAAAGAAUGAAAGAGAGAGAGAAAGAAAAUCUACCUGCAGGUUUCAGAAAAGAUGAACUAGUGUUUGUGAGGAAGUUAUGAUUUCUAAAAAAAGUUUUGGAAGAAUAGAAAAGAGAACAAAGCCAACAAAAAUUUAGAAUUCACAAGUUGGAGCUAGAGUUUGCCACCAUUGGAUUCUCAGCUAUGUGCAUUGUACUGGCUAGUUUAGUGUCAACUUGACACAGCUGGAGUUAUCACAGAAAAAGGAGCUUCAGUUAAGGAAAUGCCUACAUGAGAUCCAACUGUAAGGCAUUUUCUCAAUUAGUGAUCAAGGGGGAAAGGCCUCUAGUGGGUGGUACCAUCUCUGGGCUGGUAGUCUUGGGUGCUAUAAGAGAGCAGGCUGAGCAAGGCAGGGGAAGCAAGCCAGUAAGGAACAUCCCUCCAUGGUGUCUGUAUCAGCUCCUGCUUCCUGACCUGUUUGAGUUCCAGUCCGGACUUCCUUGGUGAUGAACAGCAGUAUGGAAGUGUAAGCCGAAUAAACCCUUUCCUCCACAACUUGCUUCUUGGUCAUGAUGUUUGUGCAGGAAUAGAAACCCUGACUAAGACAGGCAUGAUUUAAAUAAUAGGCAUUAAUAUCCAAAAAGCAUAUUUCUCAAAGUUUCUAGUUACUUAUUCACCAAACUCAAUUUUGUCUGUACCCAUCUCACAUGAAUAUCUAUACUUUUCAUUAUUUUGUCUUUGCAUUUUGAUUUAAAUAGCAUGAAAAAUUCUAAAUAUAAUAACUUUUAUAAAAAUGAAAGAAAGAAAAGAGAAACAAGUGUGAAGAUUUGGGAAGCCUUGUUGAGACAUGACCUGGGCUGUGAGGUUAGGAUGGGCUAAAGAUGACAACCAUGGUCAGGAAGACAGCAGAUGUGUGAGAGAAGUGGAGCAGUGAGGAAAUGAAGCAGUUCUCACAAACCAUGUGCUCUGUGUGUGCAGAGAAUCAGGGCAUGACUGUUGGGCUUCCUGAAAUACUUCACUUGUGGGAGCUGAGUAUCAUUCCUGUUCUGAUGUAGAAACCUGAGGAAUGCUCUAGCACUACACCUGGUGACCUGACACCAUAUUCACGUGUGGAGAUCUGUCUGCUCUUUGACUGAAUGGCAAUGCUGGCCCAGGAAGCACAUGUUUAUAAAGGUUUGAAGUCCAUUAGUCAGAAACUCUCCUCUGGAAACUCUUCAUAUGAUUCAUUACAGCUCUGAAAGAAGAGAGGUGCACGGAACCUGUCACUGAGCCAGCAAAACACCCACAUAAAAAGAUCAGUAAUAAGAUACCAAUAAUAGCAACUAUUAUUCAGACAUUGGAGAUAGGAAAAUCAUCCUGGAUUUUCUCUCCUAUAUAGAUUUUUUUAUAUAUUUAAAAUAGCAUUUAUAUUAUAAACUGAUCAGAGACUAUGCUUUGAACCAAAGCAGAAGGGUGUAGGGUGAUACUCAGCGGUCAAGCAUUCACUGCUCAAGUGUGUGAACCUGAGUGUGGAUCUCCAGAGCCCACACAAAGUCAUAAAGCUGAGCACAUAGUGCAAACAUCUCCAAUCCCAGUGCUUCAUGGCAGAAAGGGAAGCACACACCAGAGAAUCCCUGGAAGACAUGAGAGCAGCUAGCUGACAGCCUGUGCCUCAAAUCAGGUAUAAGACAAAGGCUCAUCUACCUCUGCUCCUCUCUCUCUCUCUCUCUCUCUCUCUCUCUCUCUCUCUCUCUCUCUGACACACCCACGCACACACACACACAUGCUCACACACAUGAGUGGGAAUGAAGAGAAAGAUUUUUUUUUUUUUUUGGUUUUUCGAGACAGGGUUUUUCUGUGUAGCCCUGGCUGUCCUGGAACUCACUUUGUAGACCAAGCUGGCCUCGAACUCAGAAAUCCGCCUGCCUCUGCCUCCCAAGUGCUGGGAUUAAAGGCAUGCACCACCACGCCCGGCUGAAGAGAAAGAUUUUAAGAAAGUGAACUAAGAUAUUGCUUUGUGGUUUUAUAAUGUUUCUCAAUUAUUUUAUUAGAUAAUUUCAUUAUUUACAUUUCAAAUGUUAUCCCCUUUCCUAGAUUCCCCUCCAAAAAUCCCCUAUCACCUACCCCCUCCCCCUGGUACCCAACCUACUCACUCCCUUUUCCUGGCCCUGACAUUCCCCUGUACUGGGGCAUAGAACCUUCACAGGACCAAUAGCCUCUCUUCCCAUUGAUGACAGACUAGGCCAUCCUCUACUACAGAUGCAGAUAGAGCCACCAGUGCCACCAUGUGUUUUCUUUGAUUGAUGGUUUAGUCCUAGGGAUCUCUGGGAGUACUAGUUAGCUCAUGUUGUUGUUCCUCCUAUGGGGCUGCAAACCCCUUCAGCUCCCUGGGUCCUUUCUCUAGCUCCUUCAGUGGGGAACUGGCUCUGUCCAGUGGAUGACUGUGAACAUCUACUUCUGUAUUUGCCACACACUGGCAGAGUUUCUCAGGAGACAGCUAUAUCAGUCUCCUGACAGCAAGAUCUUUGUUGGCAUCCUCAAUAGUGUCUGGGUUUGGUAGUUGUAUAUGGGAUGGAUCUCCAGGUGGGGAUAUCUCUGGAUGGUCAUUCCUUUAGUCUCUGCUCUGAACUUUGUCUCUGUAACUCCUUCCUUGGAUAUUAUGUUCCCCCUUCUAAGAAGGACCAAAGUAUCCACACUUUGGUCUUCCUUAUUCUUGAGUUUCAUAUGUUUUGCAAAUUAUAUCUUGGGUAUUCUGAGCUUCUGGGCUAAUAUCCACUUAUCAGUGAGUGCAUAUUGUGUGUGUGCUUUUGUGAUUGAGUUACCUCACUCAGGAUAAUAUCCUCCAGAUCCAUCCAUUUGUCUAAGAAUUUCAUAAAUUCAUUGUUUUUAAUAGCUGCAAAGUACUGCAUUGUGUAAAUGUACCACAUUUUCUGUAUCCAUUCCUCUGUUGAGGAACAUCUGGGUUCUUUCUAGUUUCUGGCUAUUAUAAAUAAGGCUGCUAUGAACAUAGUGGAGCAUGUGUCCUUAUUACAAGUUGGAGCAACUUCUUGGAAUAUGCCCAGGAGCAGUGCUGCUGGAUCUUCUGGUAGACUAUGUCUAAUUUUUUGAGGAAACACCAAACUGAUUUGCAGAGUGGUUGUACCAGCUUGCAAUCCCACAAGCAAUAGAUGAGAGUUCCUCUUUCUCCACAUCAUCGAUGUUUCUGAAUGUUAAUCUUAAAAUGUUGCUGGUUGUGAUUUUUCAAACAAAACACUCUCAGCUUGAUUUUAUAUCUAAAACUCUAAGAUUUUUUCUUUUUUUUUUUGUAUUUUUAUUAGAUAUUUUCUUCAUACACAAUUCAAAUGCUAUACUGAAAAUCCUCUAUACUGUCCCCCUGCCCUACUCCCCUACCCACCCAUUCCUGCUUUGUGGCCCUGGCUUUCCCCUAUACUAGGGCAUAUAGUCUUCCUAUACAAAUGGCCUCUCAUCCCAUUAAUAGCUGACUAGGCCAUCCUCUGCUACAUAUGCAACUAGAGACACAACCUCUGGGGAUAGGGAUACUGGUUAGUUCAUAUUGUUGUUCCUCCUAUAGGGUUUCAGACCCCUUUAUCUCCUGAGUACUUUCUCUAGCUCCUUCAUUGGGAACCCUGUGUUCCAUCCAAUAGAUGACUGUGAGCAUCCACUUCUGUACUUGCCUGGGAAUGGCAUAGCUUCAAAAGAGAGAGCUUCCUCUUUAAGGACUUUUACCUGUUUAGCAGUGUUCUGCUUUAUUUCUUUAAGUGAGUUAUUAAUGCCCUUCUUAAAAUCCUCUACCAGAAUCAUGACAUCUGAUUUUAAAUCUGAAUCUUGCUUUUUGGGUGUGUUGGGGUAUCCAGGACUUGCUGUGGUGGGAGUACUGGGUUCUGAUGAUGCCAAGUAAUCUUGGUUUCUGUUAGUAAGAUUCUUAUGUUUGCCUUUUGCCUUCUGGUAAUCUCUGGUGUUAUAUGUUAUAGCUGUCUCUGGCUGGAGCUUGUUCCUAUUCUGAUUCUGUUAGCCUCUGUCAGCACUCAUGGGAUUCACACUGUCUCCUGAGUCCCAGUGGUCAGAGCACUGUCUGCAGGCAAGCUCUCCUCUGGCAGGGAAGGUGCACAGAGGUCUGGAGCUCAUCUCUGCCUCCUGUCUGAAGAUGAAGGCCAGAAGGCCCCCUGUCCAAGAAGCUCUGUUGCUUCAGUGGCCCACAAUCUCUCUCCUGCACGGACUGGUGUCUGAGAGACCAGGGAUACAAGAUGGCGAUCUUGUCUGAGUCCUGAUGUCAGAACCCUCCCUGCAGGUGAACUCUCCUCUGGAGGGGAAGCUGUCCAGAGGUCUGGGUCUCAGUUCUGCUUCCUAGCUGAAGAUGAAGACAUGAAGGCACCCUGUCCAAGAAGGUCUUUUGCUUCUGAGGCCCACAUGCUCUUCUGAGCGGAUUGGUCUCUGAGAUACCCGGGAUACAAGAUCAAGAUUUUUUUUUUCUAACAGAAUGGGAACCUAUGUCUUUUAAAGCCACACAAAGGCUGAAUCUGUUCCUAUAGUGAUUAAUCCAUGCAACCUUUAUAGAAAAACCUAUGUGUAGACACAGGACAGGGACAGGUUGUUCAAAGAAAACACUGCUUGUACCUACCAGGUGCAUCUGCGAUUACUCAGAAUGAUGUCAGCCCUGUUCAAAAGCCACUGCUUAUGCAAAGUGGUCCUUUUCAUGAUAAUUUUGAGAGAAUUAAAGUGAAGAUAAAGGAUGUUGUGUUCUUUAAAUGCCAGUAAUAGCAUACAAUUUUACAAAAGAUACAUACUUGUCAUCUAUAUGUGCUUAUAUAAAUACUUGUAACACAUAUGCUGGGGAAGUUAAAACAAAACACACAAAAAAAUAGUCUCCUUAGGUAUACACAACAUCUCAUGCUUUCCAAACACAUAUGGCAAUUUUAUUUUUAAACCACUUCAUAUUUUCUCCAAAGGUUAAUGUGCAGACAUCAAAGACACAUACCAAAGCACAAAAGCCAGGAAGAGGAGAUACUUAAAAUUCAGGCCGAUGCUACAGGAGAAAUUUUGGCUUAGGACAAUCAAUCAUGGUAACCUAAUUUACAACAUGCAUUCUGACAAAUUUUGAGAGCUCCUCGUUUCAUCUGUCUGUACUAAGCCUAUCGGCAUUCCGGCCCAUCCUGUCAUCCAAUUCAGCCCCUGAGGUAUCCUUCCAGUCGCUAUGAGAGAACUAGAAAUUCCACUGAUAAAUCAAUAGUCCUUAAAAGUUCCAUAAAUGAGCUCAAGUUGCCAACCUCCAGUCUCAUGUGCACAGAGAACUUUUUGACAGGAGAGGGAAAUCAGUAUUAAAUGAUAAUUGAAAUCAAUUCUUGUGCCAUUUGUAGAAGGGAAGAUUAUGAGUCUGAUCUAUAAUGCAUUUUGAGGGCAGCCACGUAUGAUGGUUUCUGUGUUGAUAGCCAAAAGCCUUCACCCAAAAAGAAGAGACUUUUAUUAGAGCCUCUAGAUUGGAUAUUUGUAUUCCAUUAGGCAUUCUUGUUGGGGUUUCAUGCUUUAGUAUCCUUAUUAGAGACUAAUUUACCAGAAUGCACUGUGGGAUUUUUUUGUUGAAAUGUAACUAAUAUUUAAACUAGCCAAGCCACGUAAGGUAAAUGGAAUGUGUCACAGAGCUGUGGGCUGGGCAGCAUAUUGCUGUGGUUCUGAGUUCAGUGAUUCUGAGUUCAGAGAAAGUUAGUGGUAUUUAAGCCCAAAUAUAUGAAUUACUUUCACAGAUUAAAAAUACGCAUUCUUUACAUGGAGCUCUUACCCUGUACCUUGAAAUCUGAAUGAGCCAUCUUACUAAUGUGUUAGAUUUCAAGUCGGUUUUUAAUAAAUGAGGAUAUUUUUAUUGGCAACAACACUCAGGAUUGCAUCCAAACCUCUCCCUGAAAAUUAUGAUGGUGAUGAACAUCUCUUAUAACACAGUGAGGAAAAAAUGAGUUUUCUCUCUUUGUUCCUCUUUACAAUAGCUUCUAGCUACAGCUACCUACCAGAAAAUAUUAUGUCAAAUGAAUAUAAUAUGGAAGUCUUCUCCAGGCACAGUUAUGAUCAUUUGAGGAAUCUUCUGUAGACAAGGAGAGGAGGACAAGGAUGAGAAUAUUGGGCUGUAGACUGGAGUUUAGGAACUUUAUCAUUAGUUUUGAAAAUUAAAUUCUCUACCUUAUAGUACUACUAUCAAUAUAAUAUUACAUUAACAAAAUUAGUGUAUUUGAGACACCAUCUUUUGUUCAUACAAUGUCCUCAGAAUUAAAAAUAAUUGAAGUUUUUUGGUUUGAGUUGCUUCCAUAGGUGUGCUCACAGGCUCUGCGUGUCACAAAUAUGUUCAUAUUUUGGUCUUAUUCAUGGUAAGGUUAAAAACUAUAUCCAGCUAGUGCUUAAACUUGAAAUAUUCACCCACAGGGUUAUCUUGUUUUAUGAUGGACACCAAACAUGUGGCACUCUUUUGAAGGCUGUGGAACCUUCAAAUGGUUGAUAGCUUAAAGGAAAUAGAUCACUAGGGCAGGCCUUCAAAGGCUGUACCUGCCUGUGCGGCCUGCUCUCAGCUCUGUCUAGGUCUCUGCCAUAUGUGCAGCACUGAGGUCUGAGCUGCUCUAGUCACCAUGGUUUCUCCCUCAAGAUGACGGGCUGCAGACUAGAUUAUAUUUCCCCAUACACAUACUUCUCUCAAGUAUUAUGUCCAAAUGUUGACAAAAUACAUGUGUGUGUGUGUGUGUGUGUGUGUGUAUUAUCAUUCAUACAUACAUACAUACAGGGACUACAUACAUACAGGGGCAUACAUCUAUACGUCCAGGGACUCAUGAUCCCUCCAUCCAUGCAAGAAUAAUGGCGGUAUUGAUCUUGUACAAGUCCUAUUGGGUGACCAGUUACUAUGAGUGCAGUGGUUUAAUCAUGUCCCGAGGAUACUAUUUUGCAACAGUUCAAAUACUUCUGCUAAUAGAAUGUUAGAGAAAGUUAUCACAAGGAUCUCCAAGUCAUUAUGUAACUCAUGUAGCCAUCCCCUUACAAAGCUAUAUUCCAAGCUUGUCUAAAAAUUAGAGACUGUUCACUAGGAGCAUAAUAUAUGGAAUUGUUUGAGUCCUUCAUGCAAAGACAUAUCAGUGAGGUAGCCCAAAUGUCUCUGGUUUGCACAUGUUCCCCCUUUAAGUUCUGAUGGCUUUCUAGAAGAUAUACAUGUGGGCACAUGCAUGCAGAAGCAUGUAAAGACACACACACACACACACACACACACACACACACACACACAUUCUCUGUUUCUUUUCAGAUAUUCAUACCCUGAAAGGGCCACUAUUAUUUAUUUAUUUAUUUAUUUAUUUAUUUAUUUAUUUGCUUAUCAGAGCAGCUACUUCCUGAACGAAGGAAUUUUGAAAUCGUCUGAGGAUAUCCUUUUCCAGACUGGACAGAUUAUGAGCUCACAAUGUUUUUUCAGAGGAAAAGAUUUUCAAUUAUCAGCACAGACAUUGGGCAGCUCACAAUCCCUUGUAGCUCUAGCUCUAGAGAAUCUGAUGCCCUCCUCUGGCCUCUGUGGGGACUCAAAUCAAUGUGCAUAAGCAUGAAUAAGCAUUACACAUGUACAUAUAAACACUCACUUUUUCUAAGGCUGUACCCCUACAAAACAAGUUCUGUAGACCUGACAAUAGUGCUGUUUAAAGAAGGAGGAAGGCAAUAGAGAGAAAAACAUAUUUUGACCCAGCUUUUGGGGGACUUGUUUGAUAGCAAAAACAUGUAGUCCUUUCUAUUUUAAAAAGGAAAAGACACCGUGUUUCAUUUCUGCUAUUUACUAAAGGAGUCUAUUCUGUUUGCAUUACAAACGGACAUGGAAAACCUUUAAGCAUACUAUCUGCAAUAGACCAGAGUCACACAUAUAGCACUCCAAAUAUGAUUACAAAAUGUAUUUUUCCUCACACCUAGAUCUUUCUUUUUGCAUUCUUUCACAUUAAAAUAUAUCCUUAAGAUAUAAAUGGCAGCCUCUGUUAGUUUUCAUAAACUAUUAUGCAGCAAGUAUCAUUCUAAAAUAAAUCACUAUAGUUUUCCCUUUCUGAAAUACUACCUCCAUUGAAAUUCAUUUACAAAAUAAUACAUGUCACUGAGCUGUAUCCCUCUCCUUUGUUUUCAGUCCUAAGAUUUCAACAGGCUGUCAUGACAUAAAUUUAUCUAUUAUCUCCAAAACUUUUUAAAAAUGUUUCCUGAAUCUACUGACCUGUGUUUGAAAUACUGCAAUUACUUUGGGUCCUUCUGUUUAAAAAGUUCCCCAUCUCCUACAACCAUGGAUGUAAACAGCUCUCAUAAAAUAUCUCCCAAAUUAAAAUUAAUCCGUUUUUUGCUUUCUUUUCUUUUCCUUUUUUUAUCCAGUUCUUUUCUUUCCUCUGCAUCUUUUCCCAUCUGCUGCCAGAGGAAGCCUCUUUGGUGAUAACUGGAUAAGGUGCCAAUCUAUGAGUAUAGCAGAAUAUCGUUAGGAUUCAUUUUAUUGAUGUUUUUUAGACCAAUAGCAUCUAGUUUUAUCCUGUGUCUGAGCUGUUUAGCCUCUGGUUCUUGGUUACUCAAGCAAUGUCAGGUAUGGGUUCCUUCUCUUGAAGUGGAAAUUCAGACACUGGUUGGUUAUUCCCACAAGUUCUGUGCCAACAUUGCCUUAGUGUAUGGUGUAGCAAGGACAGAUUAUAAUUCAAAAGGUGUGUAGAAGUGUUGGCAUCGACAUUUCUCUUUUGGUAACCUGCGCAAUACCUUCUUACACCAAAGAGUUCAUAAGCUCCGUAUUGGGCUCCAUAUUGGUACCAGACUUGGGGGAAUUGGUCCGCAGCAGCAGUGGGAGAGGUUUAGGUCUAACUUUAGCCUGCUUAUUUCACUGGGAGUAAAGGCUCUUAGGUUAGCAGGGGUUGCCUGCUGGAGUUGGGUCUGGGAUAAAGAAAGAAGUUGGGAAAGGGAGGUUAAGAGAAAAAGACUUGUGGGAUUUCUGGGCAACAUGAACAGAGGUGAAGGAAGGAUGCAGCUGGUGUUCCUUGCACCAAGGGAUAAGAUUGGGAGAUUGGGUCUGGGGGAACAGAGAAAGCAAACUCCAAGACUGUUCUGUAAGCAGCAAUUUUAUCAUUCUUCAUAUAUUUAUAAACAGUUUAUCAUUUACUAAACACACAUUUUAUAUAAGAUGAAUUCCAAAGGGGGAGUCGAUGAGGAGUGAAAAUCCACAGUCAGACUCAUUACCUACUAUACACCAAAAAUUUACAUACAUCAUCUCACAACCACAAUAAAAGUAGGAAGCAGAACUCCUUUUCCACCAUUAAGGAGUUUUAGGACUAAACUUUAUGACAAAUAUGCAGGUGCAUGUCUGGAAACAGGCAGAUAGGUCUGUCUACGGUGCUAACAUGUUCAGUAUGAACAUGCAACAGGCAAAAGCUAGGGCAGCUGAUAAGACUCCUGUACUGGCUAGUUUUGUGUCAACUUGACACAGCUGGAGUUAUCACAGAGAAAGGAGCUUCAGUUGAGGAAAUGCCUCCAUGAGAUCCAACUGUAAGGCAUUUUCUCAAUUAGUGAUCAAGGGGGAAAGGCCCCUUGUGGGUGGGACCAUCUCAGGGCUGGUAGUCUUGGUUCUAUAAGAAAGCAGGCUGAGCAAGCCAGGUGAGGCAAGCCAGUAAAGAACAUCCCUCCAUGGCCUCUGCAUCAGCUCCUGCUUCCUGACCUGCUUGAGUUCCAGUCCUGGCUUCCUUGGUGAUGAACAGCAGUAUGGAAGUGUAAGCCGAAUAAACCCUUUCCUCCCCAACUUGUUUCUUGGUCAUGAUGUUUGUGCAGGAAUAGAAACCCCGACUAAGACAAAUUGGUACCAGUGGAGUGGGGUAUUCCUGUGACAACCUGACCAUGUUUUGGGGAGGACUGUGGAAGGACUUUGGAACUUUGGGCUUGAAGAUCCAUCCAUUGUUAAGACCUCUGUCGGAUGUUGUGUAGGAGCUUGGAAGAUAAUGUUGAGAACACUGCAGAAGUUGGAGCUCUGGUGUGUGAAAUUUCAGAGGGAAAAUUAAAGACUCUUUUCAGGGCCAUUCCUGUUUUGAUUGUGAAGAUUCUGUAGUUCUGGUUAGCUGGGGCUGAAGAAUCAGCUGUGAUUAACAAGAUACCAGAACUACUAAAGCAAAAACUUUGCAUUACUGGGACUAUUGAUGCUGGUUAGCUGGAGCUAAGAAAUUAGCGGUGAUUAAGAAGAGACCAGCAUCAUUGAGGUGACAUCUUCUGGGAAGUAUUUUCUGAAAGCACAGUGGCUGUGUUCCAGAUAUAGCCAAAGUUGUACCUUGUGCUGUGGCUGGACUUGGUAAUGUGUAAGGGUCACCCAGGUGGUACUGGUUUUGAAGGCAUGAAGGAGUUGAGCAGAGCAGCUGAGGCUUGGCACAGUGAGAGGCCAUGGAAGGCCAUUGGUGAAAGUGCAGCCUCAGUUGCAAUUGAUGGCCCAGGACUGAAGGGGUCAUGCAGUGUUUUGGAGAUGCCAGUACCAUGAGAUGACCACCAAGAGCAGCAGCAGCAGUGGAGUACAGGCAUCUGGAGCCUAGAGGAUGACUCGUGUGCUACAAAGGGCCUGGCUGGAGAAGUGACCCAAGCCCUUGGAGGAGCCCAGAAGAUCGUGAGUUGGAUCCCAGACAUUGGACAGUUGGAGAUUGACUUUUGCUUUUGAUUGUGACUGUGCCCUGAUAUUUUCCCUCUUGAAGAAAGAAACUGUUUUAGUGGAGCCCACAGUUAAGAGACUUUUAAUUGUAAAAAGACUUUGGAUUUUAAAAGAGAUGGAUAUUUUAAAGAGAUUGAAAUUUUAAGCAUAUGUAAAGACUGUGGGACUUUUAAAGUUAUUUAGAAUGGGGAUGAAUAAGAUUGUAAGGGUUGAGGCUUACUAGUGAUGUUUUUGUGUGUCAAGUUGACAAGGGGUCAAUUGUACUGGCUAGUUUUGUGUCAACUUGACACAGCUGGAGUUAUCACAGAGAAAGGAGCUUCAGUUGAGGAAAUGCCUCCAUGAGAUCCAACUGUAAGGCAUUUUCUCAAUUAGUGAUCAAGGGGGAAAGGCCCCUUGUGGGUGGGACCAUCUCAGGGCUGGUAGUCUUGGUUCUAUAAGAAAGCAGGCUGAGCAAGCCAGGUGAGGCAAGCCAGUAAAGAACAUCCCUCCAUGGCCUCUGCAUCAGCUCCUGCUUCCUGACCUGCUUGAGUUCCAGUCCUGGCUUCCUUGGUGAUGAACAGCAGUAUGGAAGUGUAAGCCGAAUAAACCCUUUCCUCCCCAACUUGUUUCUUGGUCAUGAUGUUUGUGCAGGAAUAGAAACCCCGACUAAGACAACUCCUAAGCUACAAGGAAAUCUUAUGGGUCUACUCAGCUGAGUAGAAGAUGUGAGAGCCAAACUCCAACCUCUAUGACAGUAUCUGAUAUUUUUUGACAUACCUUAUAGAUUGUGGGAAAUGUCGUUAAGGCACCAAUUAGAAAGUAUUUACCUAAACAUCUGCAGUGUUUAGGACCAGCACUAACUAAUGAUUCAGUGAAAUUUUAGGAAAUUAGGAGGCAAAACAACUAAGGGUAGAUGUGGUUUCUAACACUGAAAUAACAAACAAAAUGAGACUCUUAAUGUUAUUUCUGUAUUAAAGGAAACUAAUCUAACUCCUUAUUUACUGCAGCCUAUGUAGUAUACAAAUUUUGCACCUUCAGCAUUUAGUUUCAUAACAACUUUGUUUUAUUGGUGGUUUUACCAUUCUAAAAUGGAACAAAUAGGAACAUAAAGGAUUUAACCUUAUGGCAACAAUGAAAGUAUAUAAUCUUUAAGCAUCAGAGCCAGAAUUUAGGUCAGAAUUCAGGGGCAGAACUGGUUGCUUCCAGACUGUAACAUAAAGGCACUAAAUACAGAGCAGGUGCUUGUCUGGGUGCUGCUCAUGUGAAGACUUAAGUUCUGCCUUUAAAUCUUAAAUAUGGAAGCUUGUAUGCAGGGAGAGCCUGAGCAACCUGCAACUUUGUCCAAGAAGCCAAACGCAGAGCUGAGGUUUAAGCCAAGUAACCAGUCAUUCAUCUCCAUUAAUUUCUGUGUAUUGUCUAAGGCCAGUCAUUUCCAAUACAGACUGUAUGGAAUUAAGAGAGAUAGGACAUCAACAUUUUCAGACUCAUCAGUUUUUAGAGAGAAACAUCUACACAGGCUUAUUUUGUCAUACAUGUGCCUACCCUUUCCUUAACAUGUGCAUGUGACAUAGAGCACAUGCUAAGUUGUCCACAAUAGCACUCUUACAGUAAAGGAAGGAAGGAUGAUCAAAUUUCAGCAGAGCUUCUGAGCGUAGUGCACAGGUGAGUGUCUUGCUAAAUGAUAAAUGAACUGGGGUACUCAUUUUUUUUUAACAGAAGGUAGGGACAGUAAUGCCAACAGCCUAAGAAACCACCUCGUUCUGAUGAUAAAUUUGCCCAUGUCACAUCACAGGACUGCUCUGCCCAUGCCAUCUGUAAUAAUGUAGUAUUGCAAAGCACUGCCAGAUUCACACAAGCAUACUGCAUGUUUUCUCCCAAAACAGCCUGUUAGCAACCAUCCUUUAGACAGACUCAAAAUUUAAUGCAUCCUUUAAAAAAAUGUAUCCUGCAGUAAAAACACUGUGGAAAUUGAUCUUGCCAUAAAAUCUAGCACCUUAAAUUUGAUAUUAAGGCCACUUAGAGGCUUCUACCAUCAGUAAGGCAGAGAAGCAACAAAUGAAUUUCAAGGGGAUGUUUCUGGUAUGGAGGCCCCACAGUGAGAAAUGGCAGCUAUUACAAAACCAGAUCUCACACAUGAGCCAUUCAUUUGUCAACUGUCAUUUGUCGACUGUCAACAAACAUUCACAUCCCUGAUGCAUGAUUGAUGGCGCCCUCUCGGGAAUUUCUUUAAAAUCAGAACCUGAUUGUUCUGGCUCUAUAGAAGACCAGCAGGGAGAUAUCAAAAAUUUAUACCAAAUAUGUUUUAAAAUAAUGCCAUGAUCUAAUUACGCCAGCAUCCAGCCUCAACAAGAGUCAGGGUUCCUCAAAGGAUACCAGGUAGGCAAAUAAGAAAACACACAAUUGAGAUACAAUGAUGACAGGCUGGUGUAUUGGCAUGUGAGUCCUUGAACUCAGGAGUCAGGGUGCUUACUAGACUUGACUCAGCCUCAGUCUUUUAUUGAAAUCAGACAAGGAUAUUGGGUUACAAAAUUCAUAGGGGGUGGGUAAAUGCUUCUCUAUUUUCCUGUGCCAAUAUUUUCUUGUGACACAGAGUAGUACAGAUUUAGAACAGAAAAAAGGAAACUAUACAAUCUCAGACAUAAGAAUUUUAUAGCAAGUACAAUAUUUUGUAUCUCCCAAGUACCAGUCUUCAGUGAGGUUGGGGACUGCAGUAUUGCUGUUUCAAUGUCAGUAUCUUCCAGACAUAUGUGAGACACUACAAUUUCAUAAAAGGUCAAACAUGAGGUCAUACUGCUAACCUUGUAGUCUUUAUAAUUUUGGACCCCAUCUGCAUGUCUACAAAAAUAUUCUCACCUAACCUGUACAGAGAAUUCCGAGGGGGCUGCCACCAUCAUCCCUAAACCCUAGUAACCCAUUGCUGACUUUCUGAGAAAUAUCUAUAUAUUAUUCCAUCUUUGACUAUAGAACAAAAAUAUCCUGUUUUUAUUGUACAGAAUGAAGACUAAGACUGGGGGAACAGCUGCAGAAUUACUCAUCUCUGCCUGUGGCUCUAGGUUACUUUCAUUUCCACCUAGAUUGAGUGACCAUAUCAUAAAUUUCUCUUGAAUUCAUGAAUGGCUUUCACUUUAAUAUUAUUGGCAACGUUUAAUUUCUGGAUAACAAAGAAGCUGCUACUAAAUCUUGCCAGGUCACUAAAUACUGCUUUAACCAAGGAAAGAAAAGAAAUAGUAAAUAGACAAAGAAAAUAGUAAGUACUAAGAAUAAUUGCUGAAAUGGCAUUACAAGUUCCUUGUGCCAAAGAAGCAGGCCUUGGGGCCUCUCAGUACUCAUACUGGGGCCCAAAAGAGGCCAUUGCCUCAUGCUCUGAAACAUGGUACCCCAGGCAGAUUUUUUUUCCCUUGUCAUCAGAGGUCCCAGGCAUCUCAUGCUUAAUGUGGAGUGUCUCCAACAUAAUUAAUUAAAAAUUAAUACAUAUUUUAAUUAAUGAACAAUUAAUGUAUCAACUCUUCCUUAGUAAUAGUUAAUUAAUAAUUAAUAAGAAAUUAUUAGUCUUAAUAUUGGAGACUUAAAUCUAAAAUGAUUGUGUAUUUAAAAGUCCUAUAUUUUGUUCUCCUUUCUAAAAAGGAUCAAAAUAUCAACAUUUUGGUCUUCCUUCUUCUUGAGUUUCAUGUGUUUUGCAAAUUGUAUCUUGGGUAUUCUGAGCUUCUAGGCUAAUAUCCGCUUAUCAGUGAGUGCAUAUCAUGUGUGUUCUUUUGUGAUUAGGUUACCUCACUUAGGAUGAUAUCCUCCAGAUCCAUCCAUUUGUCUAAAAAAUUCAUGAAUUCAUUGUUUUUAAUAGCUGCAUAGUACUCCAUUGUGUAAAUGUACCACAUUUUCUGUAUCCAUUCCUCUGUUGAGGGACAUCUGGGUUCUUUCCAGCUUCUGGCUAUUAUAAAUAACGCUGUUAUGAACAUAGUGGAGCAUGUGUCCUUAUUACAAGUUGGAACAUCUUCUGGGUAUAUGCCCAGGAGUGGUAUUGCUGGAUCUUCUAGUAGUACUGUGUCCAAUUUUCUGAGGAACCACCAAACUGAUCUCCAGAGUGGUUUGCACCAGCUUGCAAUCCUACCAGCAAUGGAGGAGUGUUCCUCUUUCUCCACAUUCUCCACAUCCUCCACAUCCUAGAAGGAGUUACAGAGACAAAGUUCAGAGCAGAGACUGAAGGAAUGACCAUCCAGAGACUGCCCCACCUGGGGAUCCAUCUCUUAAACAACCACCAAAUCCAGAUACUAUUGUGGAUGCCAACAAGAGCUUGCUGACAGAGCCUGAAAUAGCUGUCUCCUGAGAGGCUCUGCCAGUGCCUGAUAAAUACAGAAGUGGAUGCUCACAGUCAUCCACUGGAUGGAGCACAGGGUCCCCAGUGAAGGAGCUAGAGAAAGUAAUCAUGGAGCUGAAGGGGUUUGCAGCCCCACAGCAAGAGCACCAAUAUGAAUUAACCAGUAUCCCCCAGAAAUCCCUGGGACUAAAUCACCAAAGAAAACACAUGGUGGCACUGGUGGCUCUAGCUGCAUAUGUAGCAGAGGAUGGCCUAUUCGAUCAUCAAUGGUGGGAGAGGCCCUUGGUCCUGUGAAAGUUCUAUACCCCAGUAUAGGGGAAUGACAGGUCCAGGAAGUGGGAGUGGGUGGGUUGGUGAGCAUGGAUUGGGAGUAGGGGAUUUUCAGAAGGAUAACUACGAAAGGGGAUAACAUUUGAAAUGUAAAUAAAGAAAAUAUGUAACAAAAAAAGAUUUUUAAAAAGUCAUAUAAGAUCAACUCUUACAGAAAUUGAAGAUCAAACUAAUUAUCAAGUUAUGAGGAAAAGGUAAAAGUUCUUGUUUGUGUUUGCUGACUUUCCCAUAUCUGAUUUUAAUGACAUGUUACAGGCAUACUACAGCUUAGUGGAAGAAUAAAUUCAAUACUUGGUAGGAAUAUGAAGAAUGUCUUCAAGGAUCCUCUCAUCCAGGAAGGACAUACUUAUGCAUACUUAAUUUUGACUGAAGUCUCAGAACAAAGACAGAACAGCUCCUGAAAUUAUGUACAAUUUAUGAGUAACACCAUGUUCAGGCAGACAUAUGUCUUCAGGGUGAGUCAGAUCAAAAGGCAGCACUUAAGGCCCCCCCAGGCUGAGCCCUGUAAUGUACUUGUGGCACAGGUUUAUUCAGCUACUUUGAUAUUGGCCUUUCAUGGAUAACUCACUCCCUGCUCCACCCACAUGUCACCAUAGCUUAACUCUAAAAUGAAAAACCUACUUAAUCAAAAUCUGUUUACUGACCUAUAUUAUUGGAUUUUUCAUGUCUCUCUGAUUGUAGGUUUUAGGGUUCACGGGCGCGCACGCACACACACACACACACACACACACACACACACACACAUACACACAUAUUUACAAGUCGUGGAAUCCACCCUUUUGAUCUCACAUAAGAAUUGUUAUCUCUAUUCCUUAGCUAACUCCUUCCUGAGAGGGCCAUGCUUAGGUCAAAAGGCAUUUAAUGCAGUAAAUUAUAUAUACACAUUCCUGUGUAUUCCACUAACGUGUGACCUCUGUGGAACAAUGUGUAUGAUUUUUUUUUCUGAUUUUGUAUAGUUUUGAAGGCAAGCGAUGAAGAAAAAUUAAUAAAUCAAUGACUUUUUUCAAUCUAACCAGACUACUGAACCAAAAAUCUAUCCCCUUCUUCCAAUCAGAAGGACUUAAGAAAUCCCAGGGACAUUGAAAUCUUACCAUCACUUUCUCCAAGACUACAGCAUUGGUGCAGAGAUGGAUUUGAGAUAAUUUGAGGUGCACACCCAGGCCAGACCACCCCCUAGACAUGUCUGAAUGCCAGAUCAGGAUGUCAAGACUUCUUCCAAUCCUAUAACUAAGCUCUCAGAUAUUGGGAUGGAGUGCUAGCUUUCUCUCUCAUGUGGAUUUCUGUAAUCUUGUAGCACGCAGAUUUUUCUACCACACUCAACAUAUGUAUAGAGACAAAGAGCAAAGACGCAUAAGGAAAAACUUCACUAAUGCCAAUUGGUCAGGUUGGUAUUUGAAUAAAAAGUUUAUCCAUUUGAGAAAGAUCUAAAUAAAAAUAAUUAGAUCCUGACCUACAAUUAGACACUAAAAUUGUAUAUUGGAUGCAAGCUAAUUUCUUUAAUCAUUGUGAAUUCUUAUAUAAUUUACCUGGCAGAAGAUUGUAAAUAUUAGAUCCCUGUCAAAAACCUAACUCUCAAUAUUCAUUGCCACAAGAGAUAUUUUUGUAAGUAUGUAUACUGAAUGCUACCUAAUAGUUCUUUUGUGAAAAGAAAAUUCAUACUAAUGAAUCAACUCUUCAGGCAUAUUACAUUAUAUAACCAAAGACAAUUUUCCAAUAAUUAAAAAUGCAAAAAUCCUCAUUUGUACGAUAUUAUUGUUGCCAUUAUUCUCCAGUACUGUGAAAAACUUGUAAACACAAUAUAAUUGUUAUCAUUAAAAUAUAAAUAUUAAAGAUUACAAUGUUCAUAAACUGAAUACUUAUAAACCCACAUUAAGAACACACUGUAAUCCUGGAAGCCUCACAUGGCCUUUGCAAGCAUGCCUCUUCAUCCUGGGCUGUAACCCGAGCACUAAAUCCUCACAGCCUGCUUCUCACAUUUAGCUUGACAUCCACAUAUGUGUACCUACACUAUUCUCCAGUGUGUGCCUUCUCAAAUUCCAUGAAUGAGAACUCCAUUUAUUCAUAUCAUUUGUUUUAUUCUUUGCUUCUCCAUUCUUAUAUAUAAUAAUGUUUUUUAGUUCUUAAAUAUCCUGCUUUUCUCUUGACCCUGUUCCUUACCUGCUAUGGUCUUUCUGCAGUGGCACAUGGACUACUUUUCAGUGUUAACAUCUCCCUAACAUUACCUGCCAGUCAUCCCUCAGGGAGGGGUAGGGCCUCAGGAGCUCCUCAUGAUGCAUAAUGAAAUGUUGAUGGGCCCCAUGUCACACAGAUCUUGAACAGUGUGCUCCUGAGCUCAGAGCCCAUGUCAUGUUCAGACGUCUCUUACUGCAUAGCUCCAUCCACUCGUUCUCACCUAGUUUCAGCUCUUUUGCAGUUCUUUCUGAGCCUCAAAGGGAAAAAAGCAUAUUUAUCAUUUGAGGUUUAAUCACAUCAAUGCAUGUAGUACAGCUUGUUCAUUUUCACUGAUGUAACAGGUUUUUAAAAAAAAUAUUUUCAAGUACAAACAUUCAAACAGUCUCUCUUUUUUUAUUUCUCUGCGUCUCUCUGCCUCUCUGUCUGUCUCUCUCUCUGACUUUCUCCUCACCUCUCACACAAAUACCACACAAAUACAUACAUACUUUUGUUAAUAAUAGUGCCGUGGACACACUCUGUCAUAAGAAAUGAGUGUUCAGAUUUCUUAUUUUUUUCAAGCUAGUAUACUCUAUUUCCAAGUAUAUUACUAUAUAUAAUCUUUGUCCAUAUUCUUAUAUCUGAGCAAAUAAGAUACCAGUUGUAUUACAGUAAUUAUUUGCAUUUUCUUAUUAAUAAUAUUUGUGAUAAUUUUUGUAUCCAUUGCCUGACUGUUAAUGUAAAUGCUUGCUUGAUAUUUGCUUGUUUGUCUUGGGGAUUCCGUGCCUAUUGUAUUAUGUGUAAGAUACUCCUCCUCUAUGAAUUCCAGAGCUCUAGAUACAAAAUGUUUGUUUCUUCUUGUUGUUGUUGGUGGUGGUGGUGUUGUUGUCAAAUACUUUCACUGGCUUCUGAGUUUGUCUUUUCACUCUCCUUUGUGAUACUGGGUAAGUAGAAAGUAUAUUUUAAAUGUUACUUUUUUUUCAGGAAUUUUUACAAAAUACAAUUUUUAUGUAAGUAAUUUCCCAUUAUGAAAUCUUAAGUUAUUUAAGGUAUUAUAAAUGCCAUUGUUUCCUUCAAUAUUAUUUUGUCGUGGUAUGCUUACGGACUUCGGACUCUGUCUGCCUCACCUGAAAAUUUAUUUACAACAGCAGUGAAAUGUACUGAACAUCAAUUGUUUCUCCACAAAUGUGAAAGCUGGCUUUGUCCUGAGCCAGGACUUCUGCUGUGGAUGGAUCAAUUCCCCACUCUUCCCUAGCUUUUGGUGGUCAAUAAGACAGCAAUGUGAUUUGAGCUUGGAACUAAUGUCUAACUAUGCAAUGGAACUUGGCUAACCCUUCUUUCCUUGGUUUAUUUUAGCAUCCUGUGGUUUUGCUUCCUUACACAUAAAGUGGAUUUAAUUUUAUCUCAGAAAGAAUGGGUGUCUGCAUGAUUUUCAGUAUGCUGGCCUAAGGCAUAGCCUAUCUAUGUACUUAGUUCAUUUUUAAUUACCUUUAAUAGUGUUUCAUUUAUUUAUAUCUAUACAUCUUAGGCUUAUAUAUCAUAUUUUAUUGCUUUAAAACUGAUAUGUAUUUUAAAUGAUUAACUCAAUUAUUACAAAUGCCUAUUUUAUUAUACAGCCAGUUAUCCAAAUUCUGUAUUAUUAACCUGAUCAUAAAACCCUGGUUGAAAACCUUACUAAAUGAAAUUCCUUGACGAGUAUGUGGCCUACCAAAGUGAGGCUAUGCUGCCCUUACAUAUACAGUUUGACAAUAUUUGAACCUCCUUCAGGAAAACACAAGGAGCUCAGAUAACUUUCAUCAUAAUGUCUGUUACAGAUUAUAUUGUUGAUGUUUUUUAAGCUUAUUCCUAAUUUUAUAUACUUAAUGUUUUAUGAUUUUCUUUUUCCCAGUCAACCAUGUUUUCCCUUUCUCCUUCUUCUUGAUAUAGGCUUACUUAGAAACCUUUUGUGUUGCACUUUUCAUCUUAAGAAUUAUUUUUGUCUGUCUUUUAAUAGUAAGUUUUUCCCUUAGGCAUCAUGGAAAACAGAUUCUCUGGCUAUCUACCUAGUGCUAUUAACAUCUCUGUCAUCACACACAUUAAUCAAAUGAUGUUUCUGGGUAUUUCCUUUAUUUCAUGUCUGUUUACUGAUAUAAUUAUGUGUAAUAGGUAUACAUAUACAUGCACACAUGGUAUUAUAUUUAAUAAGUAUGCAUAUAUAUUGACUGAAUUUCUUAUCCACAGUACAUCAAAUAACUUUAAAGUGUUUGUUUUCAUGCUUCUGAAAUCAUUAUGUGCAGCUGAAAACAGUCUUAACCUUAUCAAUACCUAAAUUUCCAUUUUGUUCACACACACAUGCAUGCAUAAAUACAUGCACACACAUGCACAUGAACAGAAGCACACGCACUCUUACACAUUCACACAGACAGACAGGCACAGACACACACACACUCCAAGGAUAUAGUGAGCUUGAAGUUAUAGAGCUAGCUUACAGUGCUUAUACUGUUUCUUGGGGAAUACAGCCAGUAUAUAAUCCUUGCAUAGAAACUAGUUGUUAUGUGAAAAAAACACAUUGAAAGGUUUAGAAACAAUACAUUUUAGUAUUUAGUACUUUAGUAUUAAAAUGUAAGAUCAAAAAAAAAUACAGUUUACUUUCUCUACAUGCUUCAAUAAAAAAUUCAGCAAAAUAGCCACUUUCAUGAAGUUACAGUAAAUUAAGAAGUUAUUGUUUUCUACGUAAUCAAUAGAUCAGAUAGUGUUACAGAUUACCUCUUCAUAAAAUCUAAAGUGGUAACAUUGGAGACAGUGUAAGCAGGAACCUAGGGAGGACUGUGAAAUGCCAUCCCACUGGCAAAGACACGGGGACUGAAAUCCUGGGUUUAUAGUAAUUACAAACUUCUGCACAGACUGUGCACAAAUAUGAGGAUGUCAUCGGGAAGGCUUGGAUGAGGAAGGCACUCAGGGCAGCCCUGACUCUCACUGCUGAACUACUUGCUGCUGAUAGCUUCGUGGAGAGGGGGAAGCAUGGCUUUCUGGCAUGUAACAGUUGAUUACCCUACCAGACUUCAGUGCAUAGGUCCAAUCCAAUGGCCACACAGAUGUCUCUGGCUAAAUUAAAUAGCCCCCACCCUCCAAAAUCAAAAGUUAUGAAUAUUUCAUCUAGAAUGCUUUCUUAGAGAUGAUAUCUUGAUUAGACCACACAUAAACCUAUUAUUGAAAUGUAAGUAAACUAUUAUGUGCCAGUUUCUCACUGUUCCAUCGACAGUAACAUCAGUGGAAGGAUGAUAUUCAGGAUCCAUCAGGUCAUUAAUAAUAUGAUUGUUGAGUGACAUUGUUUCAUCUUCAUAAUUACAUGAGAGAUUUUUGCAGUAGCUUAGACACAGAUAAUCAUCCUGUAGAAGGUAGAGGAAUUGCAUGUGGUAAUGCACACCUGAAAUCUUCACCACUGGAAGGCUGAUGGGGAAGGAUAGUAAGAAGCAAACCUGAGCUACAAUACAAAACCCUGCUUCAGUAAAAAGGAAGGAAGAUAGAGAAUGUAAAACCGGAAUACAUGACUCGAAUCAGGGCUCGUCCAACUGAAUCAGCGGUAGAAAAUCAAGAAAGCAUGCAAUGUUGUCACAAUGUGAAAAAUAAAGAUUCAUGGCCUGAUGACAAGUCAGUCAUUCAUUGUUGUUCCAGUGAAUCCAUGUUACUUAGCCUACAGAAAAUUUGAAAUGCUAUGCAAGCAUAAUAACAUGAAAUGGUGUAUCAUGACAACAUUGCAUAAGAUGGCUAUAAUUGUACCACAAAUUUGAGGUAGUACAUUCAACAAGAUCCCGUUGAUUAGAUUCCAAUCAACUACUGAGUAGAUAUCUCAUAAACCUGAAGGGUUUUGUUUGUCUGAAAAAAAUCCUCAUUAUGUAGUAAGAAGCUGUAACAAGUGAUUUCCAUCUACACUGGCAUUUCCCUGCUGGAAGCUCAGACGAUCUUUCUGUUUGAUCAUUUUCAAAAGCUACAAAGGGAAGCUCUGUGUGGAUAAGUAAGUUGUUGGCAUUUACUCUGGCAAAAAGAUCAGUGUGAAACUAAUGUGUCAUUUCCUUAAAAGUGGUCAGAAUAAUUUUAACUGUUGUUGUCUUUGUUGUUGUUGUUAAAUCUUUUUGAAAGUUACUCAAGUUAACUUUCAUUUGAAGCCAUCAUUAAAUCAGUAAUGAUAGGUAAAGGAGCAACUGAAAUUACAUGGGACAUAAUAAAGUCAUGGAAAAGAGAAAUUUUAAAUUAGUCUAAUUUUUUAAUGUUGAAUUUUGAAAGGUAAAAUUCAUUGAUUUUUGAAAUAUAUAAUUCAGAUAAUUACUGAAUCCUUGAGUUUCAUGGAGAAACUUCUAGACUUCUAGAAAGGCUCCCUACCUGAUUAAUGUCUGCGCCACUCUAUUAUCAUUGCUGAAUUACUAUGAUUAUAAGAUUAAGUAUGUCCUAAAGCAAUUCAGAAGUUUUUAAUGUAUUCUUGUUCAUGCAGGGCUUGCCAGUACAGUAUUGAGGAGGGAUAGGGGGCUGUCUUUUAUUACCAGUCUCAUAAUAUGGACAGAUAAACUGUUUCUUUUAAGAUAGUCUGUCAUUACCAAGUGUCAAAGUGGAAGGAGUGAAGCAACUACUAAAUUAUCCUACAGGCUCCCUCCUCUUGCCAACACUCCCAUGAGUGAGCAGUGACCUCUGUCAGUGCCGGUGAAUCAUAAAAGCCACUGUUGUGGAUUCUGAGCAGAAAAAUACAUUUACAUGCCUAGAGAAAUAUAGGAUGAAACAUGUUGGUUUUAAAAAGUAAGAUACACACUAAGGAGUCUGGGAAGAAGAAAUAUUCUAAAUCUACCUUCUGAAUCCUUUCUCUUCUUUCCAGAUCUAAGCAGCAAGAGAAACCCCCUAAAUACAUAGAAAAAAAAAUAUCUCCUAGAUAUCCUUCAAAAUAAAGUGACUUCAGUAUGCACCUUUUAAAUGUAUACAAAAUGUUUUUCAUGUAAAUUAAAUUACAAAAUAUUCAGCUAAUACGUAAAGAAUUUAAAGAAUCUCUUUCAGAUUCAGCCACAUUUUCUCAGAUAGAUAAAUAAAUAAUAAGGAUCAUUGAAAAGAUGAGGAAAUGAAUAAACUUUGUUUGGACUACAACAGGUGCAAUAAAGUAACCAACAUAUUAAUCAAGCUUAGGCAAUCAAGAGACAAGUCACAUGACAGAGAUCUCAGGGCUGGCCCUAGGUACAAUAUAUAAAUCAGAGAAGGGCAGGCACAGAUGACGACCUGAAGGGAGAGUGAAGCAAAUCCAAUUAAUUAUCAGACAUUCUGUGAACAGCAAAAAUAAGCUGCUCAAAACCUGCACAUGAUAACAGAAAAGAAAGGCAUUGAGACUAGAAAUACUUGGAUAAGGUGCCCACCUGCAAGAUUCAAGCUGAAUGUGGUUCAUUCAUGUCUUUUUGUUUUGAUGAAAGCAGAACCUGAUGCAAGAGUUUGAGAGGAAAUCCCAGGGAACAAAAUCAAGUGUGAGCUAAAGGUGAGAAAGCAGAAAAGCAGUACUGUGACCUGUGACUUGGGCGGUAGUGUGGAGAGGAAAGACUGUGUCUCAGUGGUGACUUUGCAAUAACUAAGUGCCAGACACACAGAAUGUUCUCAUAGACGUGAAGAAUAACAUAGGUGUUGAUCUAUGGACUGCCCCUGUCCAGAACAUGAGUGUUCUGCUGCCUCUCAGCUGUGUCUGUGUUGAUGGGUCAUAUUUUCCAGUCUUCAGGGAAAUUAAGCAAAGAAGAACAAAUACUUAUUUGAUAGUAAAAGUAAAAUUGGCAGGAUGAAGUGAAAUCAAGUGUACCAUGGUAUUAUAGUUCUUCAUGAAAAGGUUGUUACACAUAUGCACACAAACACACACUGUUGUACACAGAUAUAAACCCUAUGGAAGUGUUACUGUUAUUGCUAAAUAACUUAUUUCCCAAAGGUGUACAUUUACUACAGGAUACUUAUUCUUCAAAAAAUUUAACAAAAACCAGAUGAUAUUUUUUCAGAAGAGAAAUUUAAUUCUAAAAAUUAUAUAUGUCAAAUGUUAAGGCAAGAUAGCAUAUCUAGAAGCUGAAUCAGUCUUAUUUUUGAUCCUGCUAUGUAUAUGAAGAUUGUACACUGUUAUAUUCCAUAAAGAUUGCAUUCACAUCAUAGUCUUUAUUAUGACUUUCCUGUUGCCCCUAAUGUAGAACCUCCAUGGUCUUAACAAACAAAUUCAAGCAAUUCUUUGGACUGUCUUUUUCUUUUCUUUAAUUGCUAUUGUUUUAUAUGUAUGCAUAUUCUUUAUAUAAUAUAUGUAUAUAUACACAUUCACAUAUAUACAUGUAUUAUCUGAGGGCAUACUUUUUUAUUGUUGAUCACUUGGUAUUAGAUAACCAGUUUUGGAGAUUAUUCCUAGGGGAGAUGAUUUUUCCUCCCUAAAUAAUCAUUAAUUGCGUACAGCUUUUCAUCAAGGUCUAAGAGAUUUCUCCACCCAUGUUGGCAGGUCAACUGACAUUGUCACUUUUCAGACCCGAUUUAGGCAAUCAUAAUGUUGUAAUGUCAUGGAUUAGCUACCCUGUCAUAUAGAAUUCACUAUCUCACAGCAGAUAUACUGUUCUUCCAGCCCUUACAACAGUUCUGUCUCCUUAUCCUCAAUUUUCCCUGAAUCUUUGGUAUAGGAUAUACGUUGUAGAUGUACUGAUUGUCGUUUGGUUUAUUAUUCCUGUGGUGAAUAACCACAAGCAAAGCAACGUGGGGAAGAAAGUAUAUAUUCAUCUCAUUAGGAAGUCAGGACAGGAACUCAAGCAGGGUAGGAACCUGGAAGCAGAAGCUGAUAGAGAAGCCAUAACAUAGUACUGCUUACUGGCUUGCUCCCUGUAGCUUGUGUAGCCUACUUUCUUGCUGAACCCAGGGCCACUAUCCCUGGAUUAACUGCACCCAUACUAAGCUAGGAUCUUCCCCAUCAAUUAUUAAGUUUAAAAGUGUCCUACAGCCUUGUACACAAACAAAUAUUUUGGAGCAUUCUCUAUUCUGAUGAUGCUAGUUUGUGUUAAGUUGACAUAAAACUAGCCAAUAUAUGUACACAAUGAACAGUUGUUCCCUACAGUCUGAACAGUUGUGGCUUUCUACAAUAAUAUCCAUCUGUUGCAAAAGGAAAUUUUGGUGUGUGUGUGAAGAAUAAAAGCUAUACUUACCUGUGUGCCUAAGAUGAAUAUUACAAAUGGAAAUAGGAAUCAUUCUAGUUUAGGAAAGUGGGAGUUGUAGGUUCUCCCUUAGGUUUCAUAUUUUUGGCAGUCUUGGGUCGUUGGCUAGGUUUACAGAACUAGGCAUGCAUUUCCUCCUAGUUAGUGGUGUUAAGUUAAAUCAGACAGCUAUUGGUUAUUACCAUAUAUAAAUGUCACUAUUCUGCCUUUAGGGUUAUCUUUCUAUGCUGGUCCUUGUUGGGGUUAAUUGAUGUCACAGCUUGGUAAGACUAUUGAUUGCCUUUUCUUUCUAGGAAAAUUAGUGUUUUCUAACAUGCUAAGAGCUAGACCUCAGGAAGGAGGUACCUAAGUUAGUUCCCUUUCAACUUCUGCAAGUGCUGACUGACUUCAACAGGAGAGAUUUACCUUCAAAUUCUAGGAGGCAUCCAAGGGCAACUGCAGCAAUUCAUGUUGUAGUAUGGGCGGUCCUGGAUUCAACUGACCAACAGCUCAAAAAGAGAUUUUCCAUGCCUGAAAGUUGCCUUUUGUUAGCUAGAAUACGCCCUGGGGAGGAAGCAUCAUCACACACAUAUAUGUGUAUGGGCAUGUACACAUCUUAUUUUUAGGUAAAUAUUAAAUAGUAAUAUUCCUGGAGGGUUUUUUUUCAAAUAUUCUUAAUGUUAUUUACUCCUCCUUCCUCCCUCCCUCUCCUUCUGGCUACCUCUCUCCUCAUUUAUGCCCCCAUUCUUUUCUCAUCUUCACCUUCAUAGCACCCACAAAUUGCUAUUUUCCUCUCUAAUCCAAAGUCUCAACCCCCAGCCCCACCACCCUACAAUCCUUCUCUUCUUUUCUGGAUUCUGUGAUUACUCCAGGUUAUAUAUUCACCUCUGAAGAUUUGGAAGUAGGAUCCACAAAUAAGAGGGAAUAUCUAGGUUAGUCUUCUAGGAUUUGAGAUACUUCACCCAGUGUAAUAUAACUCAUCCAUUUGGCUGUAAAGCUCAUGGCUUCAUUCUUUCUUACAGCUGAAUAGUAGUAUAUUUUUGUAUUCAUUACCUUAUUUUAUUAUAAAUACCAAACUUUAAUUUUUAGGUGAUUUUCAUAUACCUUUCUCUACCUGAAUUUGUAGAGACACAGUAUAUUUCACUUUCAUGUUAACUCUUCUUAUCAUUCCCUUAAUCAUUUCCCAAGGAUAGCAAAUUUACUGCUAUCAUUGAUUGAUUUGACCUUCAUUGAUUGCAGUGUGUAUUAUCUGAAAUCAUUAAAAGGGGAAAAUGUAUUUAAUUAGUGUGAAAGUCAAUGUUAACCUGUUUUACAUUUCCUUGAUUAAUAGAUGAAAUAGACCUUUUCAUAACUUUAUACUAAUUACAGUACUUUUCUAGGAUCUAUAUUAAUAUUCUAAUCUUGUCUAUAAAAAUACAUAUUAUAUCAAAAUUCUUUGACAUAGUUGCAUAUGUAGAAUGAGACUCAAAUUCCUCAUUCAUUACAAUUACGUUAGUGUGCUUAGGGGUGAUCAUUACUACAUACCACAGAUUGAUUCUGUAAGCAGUACAGUUAGAGAUGAAGAAGACCUCCAAAGGCUGGUGGUCUUUUGAACCUCAAUCCUUAACUUCCAAGAGGUUCCUUCUGGGGUCUACAUUGUCUUUUUCCAUUAUUUUGUCUAGGUCCUAAUUUCUUCUGCUUAUGAUGACAUCAGUCUUACUAUAUUCAACCUGCCUGUAAGAUCUCAUUUCACCUCAUGCUUUGUUAAAAACCCUGUUUUUAAAUGCAGUAUCUUAUGAGAUUUUUCAUUUUUAGUUGAUCAACAUGAAAUAUUCCUUAAGAUAGUAUCCUACCUUAUGGCAUGAAAAUUCCCACUCCAACCGUAGAAAGUAGGAUAGUGCUUUUAUUUGUUUGUUUGGUGUGGUUUGGGUUUGUUUUUUGUCGUUGUUGUGUUUGGUUGGCUGGUUGGGGCGUUUUUGUUUUUGUUUUGUUUUGUUUGGUUUGUUUUUUUGUUUGUUUGUUUGUUUGUUUUGUUUUUUUUAUUGUACCAGAACAGAAUUUUAGGCAAAGAAAGAAAAUACAUAUACUUUAGUAGUUCACUGACUACAACAAUGUAAAGAAGGAAAACAAAGAAUACAUCAGAGGUAAAUGACCUUGUUGAAGGAUCUGGGGAAGACUGGAUAUGAGGACACCAUGAGCUCCUUAGAAUUCUGUGGUGGAGACUGGAUGAAAGUAUCAUUUAGGUGGGGUUUAUAGUUUUUAGAAAGUUGUUUACCAUCUUCUGAUAAGCAGUCCUGGUAGAUAUGGCACAAUCUUCUUUGUGGUUAUUUGGGAGAGUCUAUGAUCUUCUUGGUUCUCAGUGUUACCCCUGCCUCAGUCAUCCUUAAACAGUUGGUACUACUAGAUUCAGCCACGUUCCUUCCUAGGUAGCUGAACUUCAGAAAUCAAUCAAGAUCCUUACAUUGGAAUAAUUCAUUUUGUCUAGGGAACACAACUCUUGUUUGUUUUAAAUAAGGCUCCUGUUAAUGUGUUCUUUGACAAUUUAAUACAUGUAUGAACUAUAUCCUGAUACUUCUCUCUUAACCUCCUCCAUCCCUAUUAACCUGAUUGCUUACCGCAGAUCUUUUUCCAAUGCUCGUGUAUUUUUGUUUGACUUUGUGACCUGCUGAGUUUAACCAGGGUCAUAUAUGUGACUAUUGGUGUUGAGGUAAUCCAUUGUUGGAUUCACUUAUGGAUACCCUUUAAAUUUUGGAAUGAUCCUAUCAAAGAAGAGAUAUCUCAUGUCCACUAUUAAGAGUGCCUUAUAUAAAUUAUUUUAAAUAACCCUCACAUACUUAAUCAGAAUCACAUGGCAUAAUAAACUAUAUAUACUAUCUGAAGCUUUUAAGAUCUAAUUAACUCACUUUUAUCCUGCUAAUGAUGUACUGAUGAUAAUCAAUAAUGCUCUUCCUUUGCAUUGUAAUAUAAAUGACUAUAAUUUUAUUCAAUUCUCAUAUUUUCACUUAGUUGAGAUCAACAGUAGUAACUUCAAGUUGGUCAAAAAGAAAGUUUAAAUAGGUCCUGUUAAAAUGUUAGCAAUAGCAUUUUAUUCAGCUGGAAAUGAGAAUGAAAUCUACAGGAAAAUAGAUGGAACUGGAAAACAUUUUUGGAAACAAGAUUAACCCAAGCGCAGAAAUAUGAAUACCAUAUGUUAUCGUGUAUGGAUCCAAGCUUCUAAUUGUUAGGUGUAUGUAUCCAAGUGGGAGAAACUUGGGUAAAACCCAGAAAACCAGAAAGGUACCCAUAUGACUGGGGAAAAAAA